UGUGAUCGCUGUGUCCUACGAGCACAGCUGAUCACGUGAUGUGGUAAAAGGCCAAUCACAGCGGCCUUUUACCACGUGAUCAGCCCAGCAGUUAUCAGUGCAGGGAUCGGCACCGAUCAUCAGUGCCCUGAUGAUCGGUGCCCAGCAAGCAGUGCCACACACCAGUUCUGCCCACCUGUACCCAGCAGUGCCACCCACCUGUGCCCAGCAGUGCAGCCCAGCAGUGUCACCAGUCAGUGCCCAGCAGUUGCGCCAGUCAGUGCUGCCUAUCAGUGCCCAUCAUCUGUGCCACCUAUUCGUGCCACCUUAUUAGUGCCUAUCAGUGCCACCUAUCAGUGCCUAUCAGUGCCGCCUUUCAGUACCCAUCAGUGCUGCCUAUUAAUGCAGCCUCAUCAACGCACAUCAGUGAAGGAGAAAAAGUACCUGUUUGCAAAAUUUUAUAA